AUGGGGAGGAGAAGGAAGGAGAGCCCCACGGCGGGGGAGGUGGAAGAGGAGCGCCCUCCGUAUUUCUUCGGGGCGGCGAGCACCUCCAUGGUGCGUAUUCUCGCCGUCUCUCUAUUCGCGCUGCUGGUGCGAGUGCUCGUGGCGCUAGGGCCGUACUCUGGGCGGCGCCGCCCGCCGAUGUACGGCGACUACGAAGCCCAGCGGCAUUGGAUGGAGAUUACUAUCCACACUCCCCCUUCCGAGUGGUACCGCAACACCUCGUCCAACGAUCUCGCCUACUGGGGGCUGGACUACCCGCCGCUCACUGCUUACCAGAGCUACGUCCACGGGCGCCUCUUCCUCCAACCCUUCGUUCCGGAUUCCGUCGCCCUGUUCCUCUCGCGCGGCUUCGAAUCCUCCAAGUCGUAAGUGCACCGCCCUUCACCCUAUUCCGUCCCGCUUCCUCUCCUUUUUCUCCGCGCGUUCCCCAUUCUUCGAUGCUUAUUGUUUCUUUCUAUUGAAUCAGGAAGCUGCUGAUGAGAUGGACGGUUCUGUCGUCGGAUCUUCUCGUAUUUUUCCCGGCCGCGCUUUGCUUUGUGUUUAUCUAUUUUGGUCGCCGGAUCCGCAGAGGCAGAGGAGAUGGCUCCGUGACUCACGAGUGGCUGCUUGCCAUGAUCCUCCUUAAUCCGUGUCUGAUUUUAAUCGAUCAUGGACAUUUUCAGGUUUGUGAGCAGGCAGAGAUGCUCCCCUGUCGUUGUACAGUGUCUGCGAGUUCCAUUCGGACUUAUUUAUGACGCACUGCAACUUAUUUUCUCAGUACAAUUGCAUUAGCCUUGGAUUCAUGAUCGGAGCCGUGGCAGCCAUCCUCUCUGGCCGUGAGCUUCUGGGCUCUUUUCUUUUCUGUCUUUCCCUUAACCAUAAACAGGUAUUUAUCUGCCUCUUUCUCCCGGUGUUUUGUUAGAUCUUUCUUUGCGUCAUACAUUUUAUCUAUAUAUGAUCUUCUAUAUGAGUAGAAAAUUGAAUUACGACAGCCACAUAUUUAUCCACAGGCUAUAGGCACCAAUUUCGCAUGAGGCUAGACUAUUAAAUCCUUACUUUUUCAUCAAAAAAUACAAUUUUUGAGGGCGAGGUAGAUGCCACAUGUUACCAGUGAGAAAACGAAUUCAGAAAAAAAAUCUAGUACAGUCUCCUGUACGAGAAUCUAAACCUCUCUGCUCCCAAGAAAUUACAUACUUUUACUUACGAUAUCCCUUGUAUAUUUUACCAGCCUUUGAAAUUUAGAACUUCAUAACCUCCCAAGAACGAAAAAUUCCCUAUGAAAAAAAUGUUGACAUGCAUCUUCCAGUUUCUUGGCAUUUUUUCAACUUUCUAUUUUCAUCCACCUGCAGCAGUCAGUGUGAUGGCCCCUCGAAGCCCUAGAUUGGUUUAUAAUCGGUCUAAGUGAAAUUUACUGAUUUCAACCGAUUCUCUUUAUUUUUCUUGUUUUCGAAAGGGCUUCAGAUUAGGCUCUGGAAGUUGUAUUGACAAUGGCGUAGCAUUAUUGCUUCUGUGGACAACGUAUGCAUGAGGGAGCGCCUUAGGACAAUGCCCUGUGAGACGACUACUGUAUGUUUUUCCUUCACGACCUUGGCCCAUAGAUUUCCUUCAACGUUACUCGGUUGUGCAAAUUGCUUGCUAAGGAGAGCUACAUUCAAAUUCCUUUUGAUGCCCUAAGAGAACAGCCUCCUCUUCCUCACCUUUCUAACCACUGCUUUGGACAACAACGCAAUUAUUUUGUCCUUGAUUUCCAAUCGUGGCUUCUAUAGGCUGCUCAUUGUAAUCUUCCGAAUUUGAAACGAGUGAAAAGGUAGAUCUGAAAGCCUUUGAACUACUGCCUCCUUCCACUUCUGACAGAUCAUAGGUCUGCAAUUUUUAACGAAUUUACUCGAUUUUGGAGACCCCACACAUGUUAGAAACAUGUAUAUCUGUACCAGAGUUCCCUGCCUCCACCUUCAAGUUAUAUUCAGUUCUCGCCACCAUGCAAUUAGCAUCUCUCCCUUAAAACGACUAUUGGCCAGCAGAUCUUCGGGGCCAUCUCAUCUUUGGGUCCAUUAUCUGUCUCUUGCCUUUCAAAUUGAAACCACCAUCAGCACCAGACUCUUAUCUCGUCUUCCACAAGCUCUCCUCUUGGUGUAGAUCUUGGGCUUGGAAAAGACAAAUGAUUUAUCUCCUCCUUUGGGCUUUUCUGAGCGCUGAUCAUCACUCAAGACUACCCAAAAACCAUUCCCCGCCUGCCCAUCGCUGUGGCAGGAGAUGAUAUCUUGGCAUUGGAAGUAUCACUAGCUGCAUCCACUGUAAAAAGAUACAACUUAACUCUUAUCCUUAAGGUUGCAUUUGCUUUAAGUAAUGCCAAAAUAUGAAUGUGCCCAAUAAAUCGCUUGAUCGAAUCAAGUAAUCAGAGCAUCUUGUCCAGUUCUUGGUUCAUGACUUUAAUGGUAACCGUGUAAACAUAGAAAUAUACACUAGAUUAUACAAAUACGUUCAGGAGACACUGCUUAGAUUUUAGUUGUGUAGAGUCUUGUAUGAAGAGCUAUCGCUAACUGUAUUCCACAUGUUUUGGUUCUUACAGAUGAGUGCGUAUUAUGCGCCUGCUUUUUUCGCCCACCUCCUGGGGAAAUGCCUCAGACGUCAUAAUCCUAUUCUUUCAGUCAUGAAAUUGGCUAUCGUGGUCUUGGCUACAUUCGUCCUCAUGUGGUGGCCUUAUUUGUAUUCGCUUGAUGCAGCUCGUGAGGUAGAUAUUUAUAUUUUGCCUGCAUUACAAUUUUAUUUUCCGCUCCUGUGAAGAAAGUCUCUUGUUAGGUUGGAAUUAUCAGGGUUUACAUCCACCACACUUGGUAAUUUAUUCACACUGUGCGUUGACUCCUCUCUCUCUCUCUCUCUCUCUCUCUCUCUCUCCUCCAUCUAGUUAUCCAUCUCUCUCUCUCUAUCUAUCUAUCUAUCUAUCUAUCUCCCUCUCUCUCUCUCUCCUCCGAGCCCCCAUUUCUGCUUGUUAUGUUCCAUUUUUUUAUUUUUUCCUUGUAUAAAGUUACUUUAUGGCAAAAUCAAUGCAGGUCCUAUCCCGUUUAGCUCCCUUUGAGCGAGGAAUUUAUGAGGACUAUGUCGCCAACUUUUGGUGCAGCACCUCAACUUUGAUCAAGUGGAAGAUGCGUUUUACAGUAAAGUCGUUGAAGCUCUUCAGUUUAUGUGCCACCGUCAUUUCAUUUCUGCCAUCGACGGUUCAGCAGAUCAAGUCCCCGAGCAAUCAUGGAUUCCUCCAUGCGCUCCUAAAUAGCUCCUUCUCCUUCUAUCUCUUCUCAUAUCAAGGUCGUCGAAUCGCCCCUUCCAUCUUUGUUCUACCUUUUGCGCUAUAAUAAAUACCUUUGAUUUAAUCUGCGAUUUUAUUGACCUCAUUGUUUCUCCCCGCAGUUCAUGAGAAGUCGAUUCUCCUCCCUCUUAUUCCGGCCAGCCUUUUGGCACUGGAGGAACCUACGGCCUUCGGCUGGUUGACUUACCACGCAUUGUUCUCAAUGUUCCCUCUGCUACGCCGGGACGGCUUGACCCUGCAGUAUGGAGCCCUCCUUUCUCUUUUUGGCUUGAUCUAUCGCCUCCCCAUAGAAGUGCACGGGAGGCGCCGCCCUCGUAUACCCUGGAAGCUUCAGACUGUGAUGGCAUUGUCAUCCUUCUCCUCUGCCCUGCUUCACCUUGUCUACCUGAUCGUACGGCCCCCAAGGAGGUACCCUUUUCUAUUUGAGGCACUGAUCAUGGCCCUCUGCUUCGCUCAGUUUGUCAUCUUGGCUAUAUAUUCGAACAUCAGGCAGUGGACCCUUCGGGACGCCUCUCCUGGGUUUCCUUCAGAAAAGAAAAAAAUUUGA